AUGGCUCUGCCCGGGACCGCCACAGCAAGCAAACGUACUGCGCGAGAGAUGGAAAUGGAUUGGCAGCAUGGAGAGACUGCCUGCUACUCCCCGCUAUCAGAGUGUACUGAUGCCACUGGUAGGAUGUAUUCGGAGGAUGAGUGUAAAGACGCCGCUAUUCCAAGGCGUCGGCAGAACAGGAGCUGCGACCACUGCAGACUUGGAAAGAGGCGCUGCGAUGUGCGCAUAAAAGCGGGAGACUUGUCGACCUUCACUCCGUGCACCAACUGCAAGCGAUGGAAGAAACAGUGUACGAUUGAGUGGAUAAAGACUCGCGAAAGGAACCCGCCCAUUCCCACAGGAGGCCGCCCGAGAAGGAAGUCUACAGCAGGUACUGGGAGCGAACUGCCAGCACUUCAGGAGACCACUUCGGAGACAUGGUCGCCCAUGGGAUCGUCCAGCAGCUCCUCGGAGUUCCGCUUGAACGAGGGCAUCAACAUUCCACCUCGACGAAUCAAUCCCCACAUCACCCUUGAUAGCUCAUUCCCAUGGUCGUCAGCUGGCAUGGCCGGGCCAAAAAUCUUGCCAGACAUGCGGCAGAACGUGCCUGGCCCUGAUACGCAACUGUUCCCGCACGAUGGAGGCACUGCGGCAUGCAGUCCGGACCUCGCUGGCUUCGCAUCGUCCUCCGCCAUGGCCUCGAUGGGAAGCUCGACGUUCAAUGAUCCAUACGAACGACCAGCGGGCCACUUCCCACCUAUUCCAGUACCGCUGGUACCCGCGGACGUCGAGCCAACCCUUCCACUCAGUUCAAAUCCAGCCAUUGGUACGUCGUCUAUCGCAAAUGCAUCCGCACCCAUCGAACCACAGCAGCAUAUGGUACACAGCGGAUACAUUACGGAUGAGCAGAACAACGACGUGCCAGGGCAGGAGGAUGGGCGUUUGACACCCCGCACGGCGAUUCGAUACAAUCUGUUCCGGCCAAGCUCUCCGUUUGCUAUGCAGUUUCUGGCAAAGGACUACAGCCGCAUUCAGAUCAAAGAGGGGCUACUCAAGAUAUACCGCGAUUCUAUGGAAGGCGCUCUGAGCUGCUGGCUGACGGAACGGAACUGUCCAUACAGUUUCUCGCCCUUCAAUGGCAAAGAUCUACUGGACGGAAGGGAUGUUUGGGGGUCAAACUGGGCAAGUCGAAUGGUUACGCGAGUGUGUGCUUUGGAUAAGGAAUAUGUGAAAGCUGGCGUCUUAUCGAAGCGCGAUCAGCAGCAAGGUGCCAAGAUACUGAAUCUCGUCGUGAUGGCAUUUGCCGCGCAGUGGAGCCAAGCGGGCAGACGACACGACGCGGCUCAUACAGACUACUCCUCGUCUUCUUCGGAAAGCGCUGCAGCUACCGGUCAAGCCUGCUCGGAUCCGCCUAUACAACAGCUUGGAGAGGAGAGUUUUGGGCGCAACACGCAGAAGGCGCUGUGGCACAAAGCCAACAGAGCACUCAGCGAGGCUUCCGACAAUAACUCUUUUCAAGCAGUCUUUGCAGGAAUCAUUUUCUCGCUCACACAGCGUCCCAUCAACGGCACGGAAGUCCUCGAUGAGCUCCAACCAAGCGGAACGGAUGAGCUCACCUCAUUGUUCAAAGUACUCGACCUGGACGGACCAACCUUGUCGCUGGAUGCUGCCAAUCGCAAAAUGCAUGAUCAUCGUCGUAAGCUGAGAGAUGCGAAACAACCGGGAAUGUAUGGUGCUCGGGCGCCAAUAAAGUUGUCGGAUGCCCACGAGGAGACCUUUGGCUUGCUUUACUGGCUCGCUGUAAUGUUUGACACUCUUUCCGCGGCGAUCAAUAGGAGAUCCUUCACCAUCAACGAUAUGGAAUCCAACUUCAGCCGUGCAGGAGGAGAUUCGAAGCCGAGGACCGUUCGUCAUGACUCCGGUCUUCCUCAGGGCUACAUGCUACCGGAGCAGGAACUCAAUGACGAGGCCGCGGUGUGGGGCGACUACUUCCUGCGCGAGCAGUCCAGGACGGGACAGCUCCGUAGCCAAAGCACUCGCUGGCCAUGUCAAUACCAUGAAGCAGCUUCAUGCCUGGCAGACGCUGCCCCUGUCAAAGUAUUGCUGUAUCGCCGUCUGGGGCAAGUGCAGAGCCUGUAUUACCAAGGGGCGUUGCCACAGCUCAUAGAGAACGGACUGGAGGCUACGAUGGAGGUAUACAACCACUGGAACAAUACGUAUGGCCUUUUCAUCGAAGACUGCAUGAGGUACCAUGAGGAGUUACCUGCACGCAUCCAGUCGUGGUAUACUCUCUUGACUGGACACUGGAACCUUGCCGUGCUUAUCUUUGUGGACCUGAUUGACACCAUGGACUCUGCAAACAUGACCCUGCCAACACACGCUAAUCUCCGAAAGUCCAUCAGCUUCACCAGUCAUCUUCGCGAUACUGCUGUCUAUGCGAUAUGCGAGCUGGGCCGAUGCUGUCGCGCUGGCGAUGAACCAUUAGCCUUCACACAAUCUCCAGACUUUCAUCAUGCUGUGAACAAGGCGGCGCUUCUCACGGAGCCGUGGACUGUAGUCCUGGUUAGGACGUUUGGAUAUGCUGGUGCUAUUUUGGCCAGACGAUUGCACCUUGAUCAGCCUCCAGAGUCAGGACUCGCGUUGGGAACCUAUUCCAAGGAACGCUUGCAGUAUUGUAUCGAUGCGCUCUCGCUUCUGGGCAAGAAGAGUGAUAUGGCGAUGUGUGCCGCGGAGCUGCUGUCUCGCUACACUAACAGAUCGAAGUUUUGA